AUGGACUCUUCCCAGUCAAGCUCAUCUUCAUCUGGGACGUGGGCGAGCGGACGCAGGCUUUCCAGAUCCCAACGUGAGAGAAAGAGGUCCAGCGAUCGAAAACGUGUGAGAAAAAGGCGAGCACAAGAUGCCACCCUCCAAUCCCAACUCGCAGAGGUCACUGCAGAGCGUGACUUGCUGAGGCACAAUAUGGCAUUGAUGUCUCAUGCUUUGAACAACAAUCCAGAUGCCCAUGGUAUCCCUCAUGGCCAAACUGCUACCGAAAUGCUUUACAACGACCCUUGGCAAGAGAUGGCUCUCGGUUAUGCUUACAACUUUCCCGAUAUUCCUUUGCCUGCUAGGUCUAUGAACCCAAUGACUUCAUUCGUCCCAUUUCCCGAGCCAAACAGCGGAGUGACUCCCGCUUCUGUAGCUCACCCAUUGCUUCCUAUCGAGACUUCGACACCAGGGCUUGCGGCCGAGCACCCUUCGCUCGACAGAUACAUUCAAGACUCUGCUCUCUCAAGCGCUUCCAACAGAGAGCAAGCCUCAGACUGCCAGCGAAUACUGGGACAGCCUGUGCGAAUGGCACGCACGCUCACUGCAAAAGACGUUUGUACCGAUGCAUCCUUGAACGAUGACGCUCUUAUCAGUGGUGUUAAAGACGGUUGGGCCGGUGUCGAGGCACGCUAUGGCAGCUCAUUUUGUCCUUUGUGGACUGCGGUCAAAGCCCUUGACAUGCGAAUAUUCGGCCAGGCGGGAAUACUGACGAGGCUGCCAUGCUUGAAGAUGAUCCACUCAAUGCUACUUGUCGCCAUGAUUAAUCUGCCCGGCCUCCGAGAACGCGCCGUAUUCGAUAAGAAACUCACGCAGACCAACCAGUUCUGGACACAGUUAGUCUACCAAUUCCGCCUUGGAUUCCCAGCAGAAAACGACGAAGACGACGCCGUGUCGUUCGACGAGACCACCAAACGCUGGAGCUUCACCGGGCUAUUUCUCCACCACAUGUACGAGAUCCGCGAGUGGCAGAUGGACCCCAAGUUCUUCGACAACUGGCCCGGUACGUACUAUGACAUCGUUCCUCUGCCAGAGAUCGGACGCUCGCUUCCGCUUCCUGUGAUGGCCGGAUCUGCUUCAUCGCCGAGUGACUAUCAAUGGCAGCCGGCGGUUGUGGUGGGGCCAAGGACCGGAACAAGAGGAAGAAGCAGCAGGGCCCAGGGUCGCCAGCACCACCACAUCUUGCCUCUGCCUGUGCGACGUGGAGCGGGCAAGCUGUUAGAGUCAGAUGACGAGGAUGAACUGGAGGAGGGCUGCCACGCUUUGCCAUGGUGGUCUUAG